AUGUCCAACGAGAACGACGGUGCCCCGCCUACCCAGGCUACCCCGCAGGCUGAGCCUCGAGAGUCUGAACAGCUGCAAUAUUCACCUGAAUACCCGCACUACCCGCCUUGCUCGCCACGCGAUCGUGCGAGCUUUGCCUACGAGACCGUCAGCAAACGCUGGCCAGUAAUACUCACCCAAGUCAUUGAUGCAAUAUAUCGCGCCUGCGACUCAGGGACAUAUGCCACGCCAGAAGCGGAGGAAGAGGGGAAGGAGCUGAUCAGGAAAGUGGGGAAGCUCAAAUAUAACAUCAGCAGGAAUGCCAUCAUGGAACCGAUAGAAGACGACGGCGGGGCCAACAUCGAGCUGUACAACAGCAUGCUCUCCUUCCUAGAGCUGCAGCAACAAAACAUGUGGUUCACCGCUCCCUGGUUAUACGCCGAAUGCUACCUCUACCGCCACCUGCGUACCACCUUCGCAUUCUCCAAGCACUGGAAAGCGUUUGACCCGUUCCGUGGGCAGAAGGAGCGCGCGUUUAAGGAGAUGGGAAAGGGGGUUUAUGAUCUUGCUGAGAUGAUGCACAAACUGGAUACGGAGAAGGAGGACCUUGACAUCAAUGAGCAGGCAUUGGAGGUGCUGUUUAGCGAUAUGAUUCAGAUGUGCCUAUGGGGAAAUACGGUGGACCUUUCCUUGCUAACGUCUCUGGAUGUGGACCAUUUGGCACAGUUACAACAAGUAGGCGCAGCUGCGAACUCUGCACGAUCCGAUCUUAUUCUGCGGAAUGAUACCGACGCACUGUGGACACAUGUACGACAGAUCAAGAACGCCAGAUUGGAUAUUGUGUUAGAUAAUUCUGGGCUCGAGCUCUUUACAGAUAUGGUCCUCGCGGACUUCUUGGUGACCCACACACCCUUCUUCUCCGAAGUCGUCUUCCAUCCCAAGACCAUCCCGUGGUUCGUGUCCGACGUGAUGCCCGCUGAUUUCUUCUCUCUCCUCUCGGCGAUGACGACGCCCCACUACUUCGGCCAGGCCCCUUCUCCCUCCCAUGAGCAAUACGUUACCUCCCUCGCCACCCGUUGGCAGUCAUACGUCGACUGCGGAGUCUUUCGGCUUUCCUCCCCACCGGGGCAAGCAGAGGGCGAGCAUAUGGGUGAAGUCGUACAGGAGAAUGGAGUGGACUGGUGGGUAGGGCCGGGAGUGUAUGGGUUGAUGGAUGAGAAUGAGGACGGGAUCAGGGCGCUCGAGGCGCUCAGAGGGAGUGGGCUGGUAGUGUUCAAAGGUGACCUCAAUUUCCGCAAACUCACAGCGGACGUCCGCUGGCCCCCACACACCCAGUUCGACCAAGCUAUUGGUACCCUCGCAGGCCGAUUCCCUCUCCUCGCACUGCGAACAAACAAGGCGGAUGUCAUCGUUGGUCUGAGAGAAGGCUUUGCGCAGGAGCUAGACCAGAAGGAUAAGGACUGGAGGUGGAGCGGGAAAUAUGGCUUGAUCUGUUUUUGCCCCGGAGGCACGGUCGCACAUUGA